AUGCUCAGGUCUUUGGCGCUGGUGGCACUGCUCGCUGGGACGGGGACCGCGGCUCAGUCUCGCUCAAGGCUUGGUGGGUUUCUUUUUGACCUAAAGAAAAGACUUUGAAUGAUUUCCUGACUAUAGCCGAUCUACGCUUGGGGAAGAGGCUUGGUUUGUCUGAGUUCUCCACUAUACAGGCACUGUCUUUUUUCUUAUAUUUUUAGGACCCUUUUUCGAUGGCUCAAGACAGUCGUGAACAAGCAACAAAACAGCAAAAUAAAUGACUGAUUUACUUAUUGAUUAGAGAAAAACUAUAUCAGUUCACAUGUGAAAAUCGAAAAGUCAUCAUUUUUGGGAUGGCUGCAGUUCAUUUAAUUUCAUGCUCUUCCUAAUUUUUCGCCUUUUUAAGAUGCAUAAAACUGCAAAACAUCUUUCUGAUUUACUCAUAAAGCAGCAAAGCUUGAAAAUGAUACCUGGAAAAGAAUCCGACCGAAUCGAGAAUCUCUUUUUCUCCUUGUUGAGAAUCUGAAGCCAAGCAUGAUUUUCUGCGAAAAAGUUUUAUCCAAAAGUCAUUAGGAGCUGAAAUUUAUUGAUAAGAAUGUGAAAACCAAGAAGGAAAUAAGAACAAAAACAAGAAAAAGUAAAAUAUCUCUUUUUUGGGCAAAGACCUGAGAUCAAAAACGCAUCUAAAGGUCAACACCCAGGAAGAGACGUUUUCGGACCUAGUCUUUUUGUUCUUUUCAUUUCCGCAAUUCUUUGUAUGAUUAAUAUUCCAUUCUAAAGAUUUUUUUUCAAUAGAUAUCUUCUGCAUUACAGUUCUACAUAAGCUCUGACAAGAAUUCGUCAAUUUUCAAAAAGAAAACAGAAAGUGACUUUGUCCUCAAAAUCUGAAUUCAGAUUCUGGCUUGGUACAAAAAUGGUCGCACUCCGACUGCGUCCGCCCUUGGCAACGGCCCAUGAUGAAAAAAGCGACUCUCGCACAGCCAGCUCGUGCUCACGAGUGUCAUCCUGAUGCUCGCGUUUGUUCUUUAGCCCCCUUCAGUCGAAACUAUCACUAGAAUCCGUUCUUCGCUGCUUGAAACUGCUGGUUUUCUCUGCACCCUCCUCGUCUCUCGGAGACCCUCUCAUGUUGACAUGCUGUUUUCAUGUUUUUCUGACCUUGCGGGUAAGGGAACAGAGAGACGCAGACACUCGAAAACGGUCAAGUCGCGGCGAACGGACUAUACCUCUAUUGAAAUGAUAAGAUCUUCUUCAACCCAACAAAUUUAGGCUUGUCCAGAAGGAAUCAAUUCGGUCUGCCAAUUUUCACUGAAGUCCUUCAAGUACAUCUGCUGCGAAGAUAAGAAAGACGCCGAGAUUCCUUGUGAGGAAAAGUCUCAAGACCUACAUCAAUAGAACCUUUGCAGCUUGUCCCAAGUUCCACGAGACGUUGCUGGUCUCUUGCGGGUCUUCUGUGGAAGGAUCGUGUCCCCGGGGCUACAAAUGCUUGCCGAGUGUCGCCGACGUCAACGUCAAGCUCUGCUGCAAGCCAAACUACUCGAUUUCUUACAAAGAGCCUGAAGCUAGUCAGUAUUAAAAAGUGUUAGAAUAAUCUUGCAAAAAUGUUUUGCAGGCUUUGUCGAGAACAGAAUCGUGCCGAAAGUCUUGCCAGUGGCGCCUCGAUACGAGUUAUCCGUAGGUUUUAUCUUUCUGAACUAGGGCAAGCUUUUUUUGUUCAUUUCUUCUAAUUUUUAAACUCAAUUUGCCAAAAAUUCAACCUACUGGCCGCAUGUAGAAUGGCUCAAAGUGCAAACAUUUUGAAGAUGGAAAGUUGGGAUUCCAACGAACUUUUUAGGCCAAAAAAAUCAAGAAGAAAAAGCUUAUUUUUUUCGAAAAAAAUUUGAUAAUUUGAUAUUGAAUCAAAGCUUCUAUUAAGCGUCAAUGACCAAAAAUAACGCUGUAUCAAAUUUCAAAAAAAAAACUCGUAACAAAAACCGGACGCGCUCCGGACGUUUCUGAGCAGUUCUAGAAUCACUCAAAAGUGAUGAAACUACUAAAGUGGUCACUAGAAAUGCUGUGACACUCCGGCUCGCUUUUCCGAGAUCUGAACGUUUUCAAAAUCCAUUUUUUAAAAUACGAAACUGAACAAAUAUUGGAAGGCAGCAAUAAAAAAAUAACUCUUUUUUUCUCUCAAAACUAUCUCAUUACAGUCCUGUACUUCGUUUUUUAAGACAGCGAAAAUUAAAACCAUAAUAUACUCGAUUGGCCUCCAGCUUGUCGCGAAAAAGCACGUGCGCCAUUGAGUUCCCUGUGAACUUUUUUGGUCGCUCAAUAAACUCUUACGAAUUGAUAAUUUGAUAAUGUCAGCAAAUUUCUGACUGUUUUUCUAUGCAUUAUGCAAAAUUUUGACAGAAAACGCAAGAAAAAUGUUGGAAAAGGAACUUUUCUAAUCCCUCCAUCCUUCAAAAUCUUAUGAAUUGUUUUUGACAGGCCAACUUCUCCGGCGAACACAUUACGAUGGGGCAACUUUUCGACGUCAAUCACCUGGAUUUUCUAGAAAGCCCUCCAGUAAUGUCAGGCGUCGAACUCAAUGACGACUACCUCUACACCUUGAUCCUCGUCGGUUGGGAUCAUACCUUCUCCAAAAUAUAUUCUGAUUGCUUUUCCAGAUUCGACAGCCAAGUCGGUCAACUGGUUCAUCGCCAAUAUUCCGUCGAUCGACGGCGCCUUGGAAGUUCAUCGGAGAACCAAGUCCGCCGUGAGUUACGUCAUGCCGGACGCGACCGACGAACCUGCCGGUAAGGAUUUUCAAAAAAUCGGCCAUAAUACGUGUUGGACCAAGUGAAAUUCCAGAACAUGGAAGGUAAUUCAGUAUCGGUAGAUUUUUUGGAAAUGCUCGAAUAUUUCUCAGGACUCAAUUUAAAAAAAGUUCAAACUUAUAAUUUUCGAGAGUGGACGAUUACGUCUAACCAAGAGAAUCGUGAAUAGGCUUUUUCAGAACUACUUUUUUCUCGAAAAUUAGAUUAACUCAUUCAGAACUUGGUACAUUUGUUAGUAUUCUGCCGAUUUUCAGGAAAAUCCAAAAAUAUUCCAACCACUAAUAGUUCGAAAAAUGAUCACCAAAAAGGAAAAAUUUAGAACACAAGUUUGAAAACUAUAAGCUCUAGUUAGACCCCUUUUUCAUCUUUGCAGCUUUUCUGUUGUUCAGGAAUCCACGUGAUGGUCCUCUGCCUUUUCGAACAGAAAGAAGCGUUCCACCAACGCGAAGUCGCCAGAAUUGCCGACACCGAUUUCGAGUUUGGCCAGUGGCUCGAGGAGAACUCCCACAUCCUAGAAAGAGCGCCUCUUGCUGCCACUUUCUAUGGGGUUCGUUUUUUAAUGAAAAAUACUGAAAUUUGAUUUGCUACAUAAUAAGCAUACUUUAAAGGCUAACGUAUUUUUUUUUAGUUUUUUAAAAUUUAAUUCACUUAAACUGGCUCGAAAAGCACCUAGAAACCAUAGUUAUGGUCAACAGGUUUUUUUAAAGGAAUUUCAAGAUUCUUCAAGUGAACCUAACUUAAAAUAUCCCGAUUUUCUGCAAGUCUAGCUUUUGUGAUAAAAAUAAGCCAAGUUUGAACUUCCACGAAAUGAAAUUGAAAAGUUAAAAUUUUUGUUACAGUACUCGACAAAGCUCGACAGCCGACCGUGA